AUCAACGACUUCGCUUCCAUAUCCUGCUGUGGCCACAUUUCUGCGCGGCAUGUUAGCCCGCGCAAGCUAUUUGGCCUGAUUUGUUACGAGGCAAACCAAACUAUCAUGGAGGAAUUAGAACGCUGCCUAGAGGCUCUGGAGGGGGCGGCGGGGGCCGACGUGUUGGCACGGGCACGCGGGGCGCUGGCGUCGGCGCGGCAAGAGCUGGAGCUGCACAGAGAGAGCGCGGCCUCGAGGGCCAAGAGCGGUCAAGACUGGCAGGCCCUUGCUGCUGACAAGGAGACUGAGGUGGUGCGGCUGCGGGCGGAGAUCGGCCGCAUGCGGCAGGCGCUCAGCAGCACUAACACGGCACACAGUGGUCAGGCGGAUGAGGUGGCGGCGCUGCAGGCGCAGUUGGAUCAGGCCCUGGCGCUGAACAGGGCGCAGCAGCGUCAGGCGGUGGUGGCGGCUGGGGCGGCGGCUGACGGUCCUUCGGCGGAGCUGCACCGGCUGCGGGCGGAGCUGGAUGCAGCUUCAGGGCAGCUGCAGCGGGCGGAGGCAGACCUUGCAGCGCAGCAGGCAGCGGCCGCGGCGCGGUUGGGAGAGAUGCAGGACAGCUUCAUAGCUAAGAUUACGGAGGUACGGCGGACGCAUCAGCAACAGCUGGAGCAGGCGGUGGCGGCGGCACGGGCAGCGGCGGCAUCUGAAGCGACGGCGACCGCCGCCAAAACGGGGCCGCGCGCCGGCGCCGCAGCGAUGGAGCAGCAGGCUGCGCAGCGGCUGCAGCGAGCUGAGGCAGACGCCAUUACGGCGCGGCAGCAGCUAGAGGCGGCGCAGGCGACAGCAGCAGAGCUGCAGGCCAAGCUGAGCAAGGCGCAGGCGGACGCGGAGGCCUCCCGCUCUGCGCUGAGCAGCAGCCAGUUCGGCGAAAAGGCUCUCAAGGCGCGGGUGAGGGACCUGGAGGGGCAGCUCGCUAAGGCACAGCAGCAGCUGCAAGCAGCCGCAGCUCCAGGCUCCGGCGCAGGCCCGCCACCACCACUGCAGGCACCACCAGCAGUGCUAGCGCCAGCACCGACACCACCACCACCCGCGUCGGCAGCACCCGCGGUGGACCUGAGCAUGUUGAACAUGAUGGAGGGGCAGCUGGGGCGGCUGAGCGAGAUCAUACGCAGCCGCGAGGCGGAGCUGGGCCAGAUGCGGGCGGCGCUGCAGGCGGGCCUGGAGGAGCGGCGGGAGCUGGUGCAGCAGGUCGAGGCGCUGCAGGGAGCGCUGCAGCAGGCGCAGGCGGGAGGUGGCAGCAGCGGGCUGGGCUCACCCAAGAGCAGCAACAGCGUGGCAGGCGUGCCGCUUGUGCCGGGGGGGCGGGGUCUGCCGCACGUGUCGCCCAACCGGCCCUACCGGACAGGCCUGACCUCGAAACCCAAAUUUAAAUGAGCAAGGGCAUACAUGUUGAGGGCAGAGUGCUGGCCGGUCGUGCGCACCGUGGGUACAUGCGCGCAGCAAAGGGAUGCUGGGAUGAUCCGGCUAGGCAGGCCUCCGGGGCAUUACUGCCGGCUGAAGUGCAGGAUGGAGGUGCACGCGAGGAAUGCACGCUGAGUUGAAGCGUGGAGGUGCACAGGCGCACAGCGUUCCUGGUGGCUAGGGCCGCUUGAUUGAUAUGUACAUGUGUGCACGAAGGUCGAACGCAUGCGCUGUCCCCGUGCCAUGUCAAGGCAAGCUUCUGACAGCUUUGUGCCCAACCGGAAGGUAGCCCAUUUCGGUCGGUGGGGACAGGUGCGGACACGCCGGACAGGUGGGGACAAUACAUUAGGGUAAAGAGCGCGCAGCCGAUGCUCA